CCCAGGACCUGGGGGUGCUGUGGCGGCACUGUGGCUGGGCACCUGGGGGCGCUGUGGCGGCACUGUGGCUGGGCACACCCAGCAGCGGCCUAGCUCUGUGUGCCUGUCACCACCUGACCCUCACUGCGGCUGCUGGGCGGCAUGCACCAGGACUGCACGAUGACCCACACCUCCCGUCCUGCCCGCCAGCCUCUAGAUGGGAAUUCCCACAUCCACCCACCCGCCCAUCUGCCAGCUGCCUGCAUGCCUGGCCAUAGGGCCGUGUCGCCUGCUGUGGGGCGCACGCUGCUGUUGGCACUGGGGGCCUGGGCCCUGGCUCCUCUGUGCUCUCCACCUCCCGAGCCUCCUCUUCCUGCCCUGCUGUGGCCCUGUGUGUGGUGUGGGUCUUGCAGUGGCAGGACUCCAGUGGCAGGUGAGGACCCACUCCCGCAGCCGGCCUCCUCACUGCUCUUGCCUCCGGGCAUGGGAACGAUGCCAUCUGCUCGUCUGCCUGAGAUGCUUUCUACUCCACUCCGAGAGCAGGAGGGUCGCGGAGCCUCGCCGGCCGCCAUGUGGAGCUGCAGCUGGUUCAACGGCACAGGGCUGGUGGAGCAGCUGCCUGCCUGCCAGGACCUGCAGCUGGGGCUGUCACUGUUGUCACUGCUGGGCCUGGUGGUAGGCGUGCCAGUGGGCCUGUGCUACAACACCCUGCUGGUGCUGGCCAACCUACACAGCAAGGCCAGCAUGACCAUGCCGGACGUGUACUUUGUCAACAUGGCAGUGGCAGGCCUGGUGCUCAGCGCCCUGGCCCCUGUGCACCUGCUCGGCCCUCCGAGCUCCCGGUGGGCACUGUGGAGCGUGGGCGGCGAGGUCCACGUGGCACUGCAGAUCCCCUUCAAUGUGUCCUCACUGGUGGCCAUGUACUCCACUGCCCUGCUGAGCCUCGACCACUACAUCGAGCGUGCACUGCCGCGGACCUACAUGGCCAGCGUAUACAACACGCGGCACGUGUGCGGCUUCGUGUGGGGCGGCGCGAUGCUGACCAGCUUCUCCUCGCUGCUCUUCUACAUCUGCAGCCAUGUGUCCACCCGCGCGCUGGAGUGUGCCAAGAUGCAGAACACAGAAGCUGCCGACGCCACGCUGGUGUUCAUCGGCUACGUGGUGCCAGCUCUGGCCGCCCUCUACGCGCUGGUGCUACUGUCCCGCGUCCGCAGGGAGGACACGCCCCUGGACCGGGACACGGGACGGCUGGAGCCCUCGGCACACAGGCUUCUGGUGGCUACCGUGUGCACGCAGUUUGGGCUCUGGACGCCGCACUAUCUGAUCCUGCUGGGGCACACGGUCGUCGUCUCGCGAGGGAAGCCUGUGGACGCACACUACCUGGGGCUACUGCACUUUGUGAAGGAUUUCUCCAAACUCCUGGCCUUCUCCAGCAGCUUCGUGACACCGCUUCUCUACCGCUACAUGAACCAGAGCUUCCCCAGCAAGCUCCGACGGCUGAUGAAGAAGCUGCCCUGCGGGGACCGGCACUGCUCCCCGGACCACAUGGGGGUGCAGCAGGUGCUGGCGUAGGCGGCCCAGUCCUCCUGGGGAGACGUGACUCUGGUGGACACAGAGCACUUAGUUACCCUGGACGCUCUCCACAUCCUUCCAGAAGGAGACGAGCUGCUGGAAGAGAAGUAGGAGGGGUGUCUUUCUUGAAUUUUCCUUUUUCCCACAAAUGCCACUCUUGAGCCAAGGCCGUGGUCCCCGUGGCUGGCAUCUGGCUUGAGUCUCCCCGAGGCCUGUGCGUCUACCGAACACGCAGCUCAAGGUCCACAUCCGCAAAAGCCUCCUCGCCUUCAGCCUCCUCAGCAUUCAGUUUGUCAAGUGAUGAACGCUUAGAGCCAGUAUUUAUACUUUGUGGUUAAAAUACUUGAUUCCCCCUUGUUUGUUUUAUAAAAACAGAUGUUUUCUAGAAAAAUGACAAGUAUUAAAAUGAACAAAAUCCUACGAAAGAAUGGCAACAGCCGGGGUGGCCGGGCCCUGCCAGUGGGCGGCGGGUGCUAGCCGGGCUGCUGGGUGUACCGCGGUCACCACAGGGUUCUGAGAACAUUUCACAGAAGUGCCUGAGACGCAGAGACAUGGCUGGUGUUAAAUGGAGCUAUUCAGUAGCAGUGACGCGCUCUCCUCAGCCACCAAAUGUCCCUGACACCCUCCCCAGCCCCCACAGAUAACAUCAGCUGAGGUUUUUUUCAGUAUGAACCUGUCCUAAAUCAACUCCUCAAAGUGUGCACAAAACUAAAGAAUAUAAAUAAACAAAAGAAAGUAA